CUCAGGGGGCGUCCUAAGCCAACAUGGCGGCAUUGACAGCUCCUUGGCUGUCUCGGCUUUGUGCUCCUACAUUUCGACCAGCUUCUCUGGCUGCCCUGCACACAAGGACCUGGAAUCCACCAACUCAAACUGAAAAUGCCACCAGCCUCCUACCAGUCAGACAGAAGAGCAGUGCAGUCACAGCAAAAAAAUCUUUAUUGCCAAGCAACAAAGGGGAGUUUGUCAUCACAAAACUAGAUGAGCUGGUGAACUGGGCACGCAGGAGCUCCCUGUGGCCUAUGACAUUUGGCUUGGCAUGCUGUGCAGUGGAAAUGAUGCAUAUGGCUGCCCCUCGUUAUGACAUGGACAGGUUUGGGGUAGUUUUCCGUGCCAGUCCCAGACAAGCAGAUGUAAUGAUCGUGGCAGGAACCCUCACCAACAAGAUGGCUCCAGCACUUAGAAAGGUGUAUGAUCAAAUGCCAGAACCACGUUAUGUUGUGUCUAUGGGCAGCUGUGCUAACGGAGGAGGUUACUACCAUUACUCGUAUUCUGUGGUUCGAGGAUGUGACAGGAUUGUCCCAGUUGAUAUCUAUGUCCCAGGCUGUCCCCCAACAGCAGAGGCGUUAUUGUAUGGAAUUCUUCAGCUGCAGAAGAAGAUUAAACGAGAGAAAAGAUUACGUGUCUGGUAUCGAAAGUAGAAUAACAAUACAGUGAUUGUAUUUAUCAAACUGAUGUUUUGUAUAAAAUCAUAUGCUCUAAUGUAGCAUUUUAUGUAGUAAACCUCUGUGUGCCGCUAAAUGGAUCACAAUCCUAUACAUGAAUAAACCUGUUUGUUGGUUGCACUGA